AUGGCAGAAAACUACAUGUUUCGACUCGCACAGUGUAGUAUUUACGCAGAUGAAAUAGCUGUUUUGAAAGCGCCUCAUAACCAGUCACGAAAACUUCUGAAAAACAGUCCCCUUCGACGGUUGUGUACCUUCCUUGAUAAGGAUGGCAUUUUGCGAUCCCGCGGCCGUACACAAGAAUGUCAUUUCGCAGAUUACGAUGCCGCGAAUCCAAUAAUUCUACCACCCAAUAACCAUAUCACCAAACUUAUUGUACUCGAUGCUCACAAACGAUUUAAUCAUCAGAAUCAUGAAACGAUAAUCAACGAGGUUCGGCAGCGUUUCUGCAGCCCAGGCCUGAAGGCUACAUACCGCGCUAUACGAAAAUCUUGUCAACAUUGCAAAAACGAAAAGGCAGCUCCACAGCCACCAGCGAUGGCCGAUUUACCAUACGCUCGACUUGCUGCUUUUUGUAGACCCUUUACGUACAUGGGAAUCGACUACUUUGGCCCGAUGAUAGUAUCAAUCGGCCGACGCACAGAGAAACGUUGGGGGGUCAUUGCAACAUGUCUUACCACUCGUGCCAUUCACUUAGAACUCGCUCACACACUGACGACCAGUUCCUGUAUCAUGGCAAUACGCAACAUUUUUGCUAGAAGAGGUAUCCCGGCAGUGAUCUACAGCGACCGCGGUACAAACUUUCAGGGCGCUAGCAAGGAGAUGCAGACUGCACUGGAGAAACUUGAUCACGAUCAAUUGAUGCAGGAAUUCACGACAUCUAGAACGGAAUGGAAAUUCAAUCCUCCAGCUUCCCCUCAUAUGGGUGGAGCUUGGGAACGGCUUAUACAGUCUGUAAAAAAAAACCUAAAUGUGCUUCAGCGGAAUUCCUCACCAACCCAUGAAGUACUUCAAAACGCGUUAGUAGAAGUGGAAAAUGUACUUAACUCACGCCCACUCACAAGCGUUCCUCUCGACAAUGAUGAAUCUCCAGUGUUAACGCCAAAUCACUUUCUUUUGGGUACACACAAUGGAUUACGGCCCUGGACAGCGUACGACGACAGUUCAGCAGCACUAAGAAACACCUGGCAGCGGUCGCAAAUCAUGGCGAACCAAUUUUGGAAACAGUGGAUACGGGACUAUCUGCCCACACUCACCCGAAGACAGAAGUGGCUGUUACCUGCAAAACCAAUUGCCAUCGGUGACGUGGUCAUCAUAGUGGACUCGAAUUUACCCCGUAACUGUUGGCUGAAGGGUAGAGUCAUAGGUGUAAAACCAAACGCGGACGGACAGGUAAGAAUGGCCACAGUACAAACGACUAAUGGGAUCUACGAGAGACCGGCCGUGAAACUCGCUGUUCUAGACGUAGGCGUUCAGUCGAAUACGCUUCAGCUGAGUCCUCAGCGCAUCCUGGGGGGAGUGUAA